AUCCGGUGCGGUUGAUACGUAAGAGCCAAACAGUGCCUUAAUCAAAAGUGUGAGGAGGAGGAGGCAGAAGCAUCGCAGAGAGGUUCAUGGAAGAGGAAGAGCAACAGCAACAAAAUUGGAAGAAGUCACAAAGGAAAAGAACCUCUUCUUCUCUCAUCAAUAAUCUCGAUGAUGGUUGUCUUAUGCACAUCUUCAGCUUCCUUCCCCCUAUUCCAGAUCGCUUUAAUACCGCCCUCGUUUGCCACAGAUGGAAUUACUUGGCCUGUCAUCCUCGCCUUUGGCUUCGGGUAGAUCGAUCAGUCAAACACUUAUCGGAACCUGGUGUUUUCCCAGACAUUGAAACUGCAGUUUCUGCUUCAAGACCAGGUGAUACCAUUUUAAUAGCAGCUGGUGGAAGUCAUCGUGUCUCAAACAUUCAAAUAAAUAAACCCAUUUGCUUGAUUGGUGCAGGUGAACUUCCAGAUGACACAACACUCCUUUGUUCUCGAGGCUCGGACAGUGCAUUGGAGUUCCUUUCUACUUGCAAAUUAGCAAACUUAACUGUGAAGGCGGAGCUUGGUUGCUGCUUGCUGCAUAGAAAGGGAAGGCUAACUAUAGAUGGAUGCAUACUUCAAUGUGAAUCUAAUCCUCUUGAUUAUCUCUCAUGUCCCAUUGUGAGCACAAGCACAGCCAGUAGCAGUGAGGUGCUUUCCUCUCAAACAAAGGGUAAUGGCGAUGGUGUGUUUGUUUCUCAAACUCGUAUUGAAGGAGGUGCUAAAGCUGUUUUGACAAGUGGGGAUCUUGCCUUGCAACGUGUCAGAGUGAUUUAUGCUCGAACUUCACUUCUUUUCUGGUUUGACGUAGAGCAGGUGUGUGAUCAAAUUGAUCAUGACGACCCACUUUGAUAUCUUCUGUUGUUUUUCUCUGUAAUCUAUUUUAGUGGAGUGAUUAAGGUAUUUGUGAUUCUUUUACUGUGCUUUCUUUGUUCUGUUAUUAUGUACCAUUUGGAUAUGUCUAAUGUAACUAAAAUUCCAAUUUAUCAUGAUCUUUAUAACGAGGCCUCUAAACUUAAUGUAAUAAUUUGAACUUAUUUAGACCUGUGAAAAUAAAUUUGAUUAUUACAAAACUUUUAGU